AUGCGUGCUGGGUUUCUUCGUAGAGCAGAGAAGCAUCGGCGCGAAUGGUAUGAAUCUCGUGGACAAAAGCCACCAACACUUCAUCCUCCAGAAACACCAAGAAGACGUUUUACUCCAGUAACACAGACGUUAACAAAUACAGUAGUCCUUGAGCAAUUUGAUAACAGACGCGAACCAGAAUAUAUUGAUAAAUCAUACUGGGAAGGCGAAGGUGCAGGUAUAGAACCAAUCGAAUUCCUCGCAGAAAUGAAUUCUUUAAGAUCAGAAACAGUUAUAUCACGAAAACAGCUUCCAAUUCCAUCAACAAAGAAAAUUAAUCGAUGCUUUACACCUUAUGAAAAUGAUAUUAUGUCAUUUAAUGCUUUCGAAACAGCUCGAAAUGAAUUGAAACGAAAAUCAGAACAUUUAGCAAAUGAAAUAGAUAGAGUUAAUAGAGAAUUUAAUAGAGAUCCGAUUGAUAAAUGGUAUAUGCUUAAAACAAAGCAAUUUACUAUUGAACAUUGCCGCUUCUUAGAUAAGCAGCGUAGAAGAGCCGCUAGACAUCAAUACAAAGACUAUUACGAAGCACAAGAAAGAGAAUAUGCACAAGAAGAUUAA